AUGAUCGUCUCAACGCUGUCUUUCGCUGCUCUGGUUGCCCUGGCCACUGCCCACGGCAAUCAUGGCCAAAAGCCCAUUGCUGGGCCGCACAAGAGUCUGUGGUACAACACGCUGCCUGGGGAUGGCGGUACUCAGAAAGGUGCGACGCAAUUGACUGACCUCUCUGCCUGGCAGGCGGACGCUGUCUUCUCUGGCAUCUCCACGUUCGGGCGGCUGCCGUACUUUCCAUGUCUUGCCAGCGACGAGGAGAAAUAUGACAUUGCGUUCAUCGACCAGGCGCCCGCUUUGGUCCCAGCGGCAUCAGACAAGGUUCUCGCCGUCUCAAUCUCUAGUAUGUUCUGUUUACAAAAGGCAGAGGCUUAUUUAUUCGAUCAAAAAGGCUCACGCAAGUUGGGAUUCAGCGGCGGAUACAACGUGCCUCUGGAGGCCAACCCUUUCCACAAUGAGUUCAAGAUCCUCGAUUGCGGCGAUAUCCCUGUGACUUCUUACGACAACACCUGGGCGCUCCAGCAGAUCGAAGAUGGACACAACACCCUCCUCAUGCGCAAGCCUUACACAGACGCAGACAAGAAGGGUCUCUCGAAGACCGGCAAGGUGCUGCCACGGAUCAUCACCCUGGGAGGCGACCACACCAUCACGCUUCCCCUGCUGCGCAGUAUCAACAAGGCAUAUGGGCCGGUGACGGUCAUUCACUUUGACAGCCAUCUUACCGCGCUAACACACAGCCUUUCUUCCAGGGACACAUGGAAGCCCAAGGUCUUUGGCGGCUCGCCCAGCGAGGUCGCAUCUAUCAACCACGGAACCUACUUCUACCACGCUGCGCAGGAGGGCCUUCUCAGGAACGACACCAACAUUCACGCGGGUAUUCGCACCACACUUUCUGGGCCGUCUGACUACGAGAACGAUGGUUACUGUGGAUUCGAGAUUGUGGAGGCCCGAGAGAUCGACACGAUUGGAACCGACGGAAUCAUCAAGAAGAUCCGCGACCGCGUUGGCGACAACCCUGUUUAUCUGUCAAUUGACAUCGACACUCUUGACCCAGCUUGUGAGUAUAAAUACUGGUCUAGGACGUACUUGAUUGGAGUUGCUAAUUGGGUCCGGAUAGUCGCCCCUGCUACUGGCACUCCUGAAACUGGUGGCUGGUCGACUCGUGAACUGCGGACUAUCAUCCGUGGACUGGAUGGCAUCAACUUUGUUGGUGCUGACAUUGUCGAGGUGGCGCCGGCGUAUGAUACCAAUGCAGAGCAUACGACUAUGGCUGCCGCGGACGUCUUGUACGAGGUGUUGACGAUUAUGGUCAAGAAUGGGCCGCUCACAGCUUAA